AUGGAAGGAAUCGGAGCAACCUUCUCCCCCUUCGGGAAGCUCCCCGGCCGGUGGUUUCCGACGGAAUCCUCUCGCCGACCCCUAAGGAAGUUUGCCAUUAGAGCGGAAAGGGAAAUGGACGGCCGGUGGGACUACAGCGGCAGGCUGGUGGACGAGAACAUGAUCGUCCUCCGGAUGAGGCUCCGGGAGAUGAAGAUAUCGGAGUUGAGCCACCAGCUUCCGGAGAGCUGGACGGAGUGGGAGAAGAAGCACUACGCGCAUUACAAUGAAGCCGUUUGUGAAGCAACAGGGUUUCUGCAGUCCGUUUUGAUGAAUACAAGGCCGAGUUUGGCCUUAGGGUUGGUGGUUCUCAUUGUUCUGAUCCUUCCCUUUUCGACCUUUGAAGUCAUUCUUCGUGUUCUAGAGCUGGCUGAAAGGGUUCUUUUCUCUGGGUUUUGA